UAUUCUCGCAGUAACAAAGAGGUCUAAAGUACUUUCUGUCCGAAAGUAAUUUAAGGAAAUUGAAUGAAAUAAUUCAGAACGUGUUUAGCAAAUAGUAAUAUGGCUGGCAGUGAAUACACAUCCAUAAAGGACUUUUACAGAGACAGGUCCAUUUUUAUAACUGGAGCAACGGGUUUUAUGGGCAAGGUUCUCGUCGAGAAGUUACUGAGAUCAUGUCCAGAUAUCAAAAACAUCUAUCUUCUAAUGAGACCUAAGAAGGGUGAAAAUGUGCAAGAGAGAUUGCAAGAACUUUUAAACAGACCGCUUUUUGAGAAAUUACGGCGGGAUUCUCCGGGCGAGCUUUCAAAAAUCAUACCCGUAGCUGGCGAUAUUACGAAGCCAGAAUUGGGUAUCUCUGCAGAUGAUCAAAAUAUGUUAAUACGAUCCGUAUCGAUCGUUUUUCAUUCAGCAGCUACCGUGAAAUUUGACGAGGCUUUGAAGCUCUCAAUUACCAUAAAUAUGUUGGGUACCAAAAGAUUGGUUCAAUUAUGCAAUCGGAUGCAUAAUGUGGAGGCAUUUAUACAUGUAUCAACGGCAUACUGUAAUUGUGAUCGGAACGAUGUUGCUGAAGAGAUUUAUCCGGUGGGACGGGAACCCGAUCAGGUGAUCGCUCUGACAGAGUGGAUGGACGACAAAAUGUUUGAAGAAUUUACGCCAAAUCUUAUCGCUAGCCGACCAAAUACAUACACAUUUACCAAAGCAUUGGCUGAGCGAAUGCUGGAGCGGGAAAAAGGUUCUUUACCGAUAGCGAUUGUCAGGCCAUCGAUCGUAUUGUCGUCAUAUAGAGAACCAGUUGCCGGUUGGAUUGACAAUUACAAUGGCCCGACAGGGAUUAUUGCCGCCGGUGGAAAAGGUUUCUUCAGAACUGUGCUGUGUCAUGAGGAUAAAGUGGCAGAUCUGGUACCCGUUGACAUUGUGAUCAACCUAAUGAUUUGCGCGGCAUGGAGAACCGCUACGCAGCGUACCGACACCAUUCCGAUUUAUAACUGUUGCAGCGGUCAACAAAAUCCUAUAACCUGGAAACAGUUCGUCAACCUGUCAUUCAAAUAUUGUCGAUUACACCCGGUGAACAAUGCGCUCUGGUAUCCGGACUGUUGCUGUCGCAGCUCCAUCAUAAUAAACAAAUUGUGCGUGAUAUUUCAGCAUGCGCUACCUGCGUAUAUCUUAGAUAUUCUCGCUCGAAUCAAGGGUUCGCGACCUAUAAUGGUCCGUAUACAGACGAAACUUUCCAAAGCAGCCAAAUUGUUUGAAUACUUCACUACGAAACAGUGGAAUUUUAGAGACGACAACGUACGACGAUUGGGUGAACAACUCAGUCUGGAGGAUCGAGAAACAUUUAUAUUUGAUGUCAGAGGAAUCUACUGGCCAUCAUACUUAGAGCAUUACAUUCUGGGUAUACGACAAUUUAUCUUAAAAGAGAGUCCAGAUACACUGCCAGCUGCUCGUUCAUACAUCACAAAACUGUACUGGCUUCACAAAGCCGUGCAACUCGGAAUACUAGUAAUUAUGUUACGAUUCUUGUUGUUACGCAAGUCUGCAGCGCGAGGAGCCAUCUUUUCGCUGCUGUAAAUCAUACUUCAGAUAUGUCGCUUGAUUGUUUGACGGCUCAGAACGAGCCCGAUCGAUGAUCGCGAUCAACGUAAAACAAAACUGUUGACCAGCGUCCGUUAUUUAAAGAUGCUAUUUGUUCUUCAACCUCGGUGCUCAGCUUCUUCGAUGAUAAAGCGCUACCUACACAUGCAUUGAUUGGCCUUUUUUAUGUUGAUAACCAUCGACAAGUAAGAACGUCGGUUACUGAUACUUGAUUCUCGGAAGAGAUUAAUUACUACUCGACAAUUACUAUUGGACAAGAAUUCUAACUGAUGGAACUGUCUCUCCCGCGAGUAUAUUAAGUAUGCUCCAAACACUUUGCAUAUAUUAUAAUAAUUAUUAUUACAUUACCAAUGUUAUUUCUUGUUGCUUCAAUACGAACCGUCGCAACCGUCACGAAAAUUGAUAGUUGUCGAGUUCUGUAUAGUGACGUAAUCGUCAUUUGCGAGGUUCCAUUACACUAGAGUAAAAAUAAAUGCGCAUCACCAUGAUUAUUCUGUUAUGUAUUUAUUUGGCGAUCUUUAGGAAUUAAUAUCUCGUUAACUAUUGCAAAAAUAGUAGAUAAUUUUUUGCUCAGUUUAAUUCACUGUACUUCCUCACGAAAGAUGAUCCCGCAGAUAUGGAACAGCUUGUAUAUGAUUACCGAUAAGAUACUAUUAAUAACCAACAUCCUUACGGGAGUUCGCGCGUUAAUAUAAUAUUUAAGUGAU